AUGAAGCUCUGCCAGAACCAGUCAAAGUACGAUUCACUACAAUUUACAAGCCGUCGGGCUCGUUUCCUGAGCUUCAUCGCGCCUAAAACGGCCCAUGUCGACACUAGUGCCCUCCAAGACGUCAUGGCAGACAGUAUUCGUCGUGCUGGGGCUAAACUGAGGGUUGUUAUGAGCAUGACUCGCCGGUCCCAUGGUUUAGAAGCGCGAGCCGGAGAGCAAAACUCUCAAAGGCGAAGCUAUCUACUCGAACUUCCCACAGAAUUAUUACUCGAGAUCAAUUCUCACCUACCGGUACUAGAAGAAGCCUGUCUUGCGUUGACAUGCAAGAGACUAUUUUCAAUAUCCGCAAGGACUCUAAAUUCCAAAUCGCUUCAAUUUAGUCGAGACUUUGCUCCGCUGUUUCACCAUUACCGCAACGGACACAGCUUUGCCACGACUCGAUGGCAGCUGAUCAAGAUGCUCGAAGAUACGAGAUGGAAAGCUUGUCCAAAAUGUCUCAAACUCCACCCACGAAGCGCUUUCCCACCCCGAGAGCUGAGACGCAAGCCUGAGGAUCGAACCUGCAUCUUGGGAAACCUUGCCGGGAUUGUUGACCUGUGCCCGUGUAAAAAGCUGACCUUUCGCGACAAGGUUGAGCUCGUGGAGCUUUUGCAGAUACGCCGAAAGACAGUGGGACUUUUGACUUCACAAUUUGGUGGUGUACAAGAGCGCUUCUGCUGGCAUUCAUGCAACCAAGCUUAUGGUUCCACGCAAAUGAAAAUCGAGAUCUAUCCCGAGUUGGACGAUGAAGACCAGUUAAAGAUCAAAACAGAAUACCACUUGAUGACUGCCCCGGGACAACUUGGAAAAGAAGAGUCCAUGACCUCCCGCUUUGGAUGUGCGCAUCGCUCAGUCGACCUGUGGCUCUCCGGUGUUUGUCAGACCACGAUAUGCCAGUUAUACGAAAAUCACUGCGCCUCCUGUCGGCGAAUAGCCAUCUGCAACUCCUGCAAUACUUUGUUAAAGUGUCCGCGACAGCAGCAUUGCCGAGUGGACGAAGAAACAGGAACGGUUAUCUAUUCCUUCUGGACCGAAAGAUGUCUUGGAAGUACCCUGCCUAUCCCAGAUGCGACCUGGGCUGCGCAGAGGAUCCAUCCUGCUGAGGCUUUGGUCGACUUGGACAACUGCAGCGAGCUCUGCCCGUGGACUAUUCGCGAACACCCUCCUCUCCGCAACCCCCCAUCCUUGGAGAUGAACAUCCUUGACCCUGCGAUUCAAGAUCAAUCGCUCAACCAGCUUUAUAGCUCCAUCGACACGAAUUAA